UUGGUAGAGAUUUACGCAAGAAACAUCCUUGCAAAGUUUCAAAAAAUUUGGCCGAGUGGUUUAGGAGGAGAAGCACGCACGCAUGCAUGGACAUACGGACGAUGGACGACAGACAAUAGAACAUCACAAAAGCUCACAUAGAGGACAUUGCCCUCAGUUUCGGCCACACUCCUCCAAGUUUUGGCAUAAGUACAAGACGAAAAGUUCUCACAUUGUCAGAACAGGAAUGACAAAAUGUUACAGAAGGUUUCAGGGAAUUUAGUAAUUAAAAAAACGAUGAUGUUCAACUACAACGUUCGACUGCUUCUUGCCUUUGUGGUUGCGAAUUAUAUCCAGGCAUAUCAGUUUAACAUAAAUCUUCCUGAUAGCGCGCAAUCUGAGAUUGAGGCAUGCGUCAACAGGUCUAGAAAAUCACCAGCAAUACAAUGGCAGGCAGAAAUGGCUUGUGGCCAUGAAUAUUUUGCUAGACUGGGACCAAACAAUCUUACAGAAGACGAUUGGGCUAUUUUCAAAACAGCGACUGAUAAUAUUUUCGGCCACACUCCUCCAAGUUUUGGCAUAAGUACAAGACGAGAAGUUCGUACAUUGUCAGAAGAGGAAUGGCAAAAUGUGACAGAUGUUUUCGGGGAAUUAUUCAAAGCAGGAGUUCUUCAAUCAUUUGCACGUUUGCAUGGAAAAGCUAAGUUAAGAGCUCACAAGGGAGGUGCGUUUUUACCAUGGCACCGAGUCUUCCUUGCUCACUUCGAACAAGAGAUGAAGAAGAUUAAUCCAAGUGUAUCCUUACCUUAUUGGGACUACACGACUGACUACGAAAUUCCCCAACCCUAUGAGUCUGUCUUGUGGACACCAUGCUUCUUUGGAGAGAACAAUGAUACUGUCCUAUCGGGGCCUUUCAAAUUCAUGUAUGGAGCACAUGGUGCUAUUAUUUCGAGACGACUGGCGGAAAAUUUCUACUCUACGAGGCUGAUUAACAAAGCUGACAUAGAAAGGUUAAAAGACUUUUGUGGAUAUAAGGACAUAACAACGGGUGCUGUUAAAGAAGAGACAGAUCACAAUCUUGAAACUCUACACGAUAGCGUACAUGACUACAUUGGAGGAGAUAUGGGUGUUGUUGAAAACUCGGCAUACGAUCCGAUAUUUUGGUUUCAUCAUGCAUUUAUUGACUAUAUAUGGGAGUCAUUUAGGGAACAUCAAACGGCGAAAUGUACCGAAAUAGACAUUGAGUCCGAUUACAGACCAAUAAACGAUACUGGCUGGGUAAACAUCAUCAAACAAGGCCCCGAAGACUCAAUGUUUGGUUAUAGCCACUUGAAAACUAAAGAUGGGCUAUGGCGAAAUUGGACAGAUGUCUUUUAUACUUAUGAGCCCCAACCUGCCUGUGGUGGAACAUGCACGGGAGAGUACCUUUACUGUGAUAACAAAAAUCGAUGUUUAUCUCGUACAAAAGAAGCAUGUAAGAAGCAUCUACAGACACGGAAUGCACGUGAAGUUGGAGCCAGAGAUCCACUUGUACCACAAAUCCCCUGUGAAUCAGGAACACCUCUCAGAGGUUUGAAAGGUGAUGGAAGAACAAUGGAAACAUCACAAGCUGAAUGUGAAAAUAUUUUGGAAAAUGAAAGAGACGGGUCCAUACACGGAGGCCUUAAACAAGGAGAAACCAAAUAUUCAUGUACAGCUCUUGAACGUUUUAUAUAUGUUUUAAUCGGAAGUCUGGUGUGUGUGAUAGUUUCAGUCACAACUGUUAAGAUAAUGAGGCUACGCAAACAGCUAAAGCACGCAAGAUAUGACAAUGUUGAUUAGUACAAAUUAUAAAGCAAAGAAGUAAGGUGCUGUAAAAAAUGUUUUUUCGGAGGAAAAUGAAUCGCAAUGUGCAAACUAUUUUAUGCAACAUAUAUAAAUAAAUUACUUUAACAUUUUGAACUUAUUCAUAUCUGUCUAUAUCAAUAAUUAUAUUUGUACUGCUUGGAAGAAUUAAGAAUUUGAAGUUUAAUCUGCUAACCCUUUCUAUGUAGAUAAAUACUUUUUGCGAUAAAGAAUGCUAAAAGAUAAGAAUAUACAUGUUACAUUUUAAAUUAAGGAUGAACACGUACAAUUUAGAACUAAGACGGCAGACACUAUGUCAUGGUGUAAUAUUUUUGUAUAUGAAUACCUUUAACAGUCUUUUAGAAAAAGAUAAAUAUUCUAAAUAAAGAAGGGAAAUAAGUAAGCAAAAAUGAUUUUCAGAAUGAGAAUGUUCUUCCCCUUAGAAAUGUAUUUCAAAUUUGAUAGUGAAGAAGAGCUAUAAGUUUUAAGUGAAUAUCUUUCUUUUUUUACUAAAACGGUAACCAAGUAAUUUAAAGUUAAAUAUAGGGCAUAACUAAGCAAAUAUAAAUUGCAAAUGUUACUUUUCCUUUAGAAAUGCAAUUUAAUUUUGAAACUGAACAAACAGAAGUAAUUACAUUUGACAGACUUUCAGGAAGUGACCGUUGCAAAGGUACAAAAACCGCAUUUCUUUAAAAAAAAUGAAUUGUAGGAGUAUCUGCCUCCUUCUUUCAUAUUAACAAAGAAAAAAAAAUCAAGAUAUAAUGGUUUCUGAGAAAAUCAGUCUUAACGAAAAGGAGAAUUGAUGGCAAUUAUAUAACAUUGAGAAAAUAAUCCCUAAAAAGUCAAAAACGCCAAAGUUGAAAAUGUUGCAGGCUCGGUUUGAUUGAGACUGAUCAUGGACAGUACUGUCAAGUGCAAACUAUCGUCUACGCCCCCUAAUACCGACUUAAGCAGAAUUCAACAUUUAAUCAUGGUAAUGGUGAGAGUUUGAAUUAAGAAACAUCCGCAGAUGUGUUCAUACGGUGGUUAUCAUGGAACUUUCAACGUGACACGUCAGUGCUAUUUCAUGAAAAGCGGCGUAUGGUCCCCAAGUAAUAGGAAGCGUGUGCCCGAAAUGAAGAAAAAAAAACCAC